AUGGCUUGUUGUGUCAUUCAGGUGACACUGAAGACGAGGACACCGUCCAUACACAUGACUUCAUUCUUCACCUCUUCUAUGCCUUCCAUCCUCCACCAGAACCUGAAGAUCAACUCAUCUGAACAGCCAAGUCCCUGGCUGAACCGUAGCACCUGGCCACCAGUCAGCUCUUCAGAUUUAGGGAUGUCCUGCUUCACUAUGACAUUUGGUGCCAUCUCCAACCUCACGGCUCUGGGCAUCCUCGCUAAGUCCAGUGUCCGAUUCCGCCGCCAGUCCAAAACACCAUUUCUGCUGCUAACAGUGGCUUUGCUUUUGGCUGACCUGGGAAGUCAUGUGAUCCCAGGCACCUUUGCCUUGUAUCUACACGUGGAUCAGAGGUAUAAAAUACAUGCCAGCAAGCCCACCAAGGAAUUCUGUCAGAUCUUCGGGGCAAGUAUGGUGUUUUUUGGCUUGUGCACUUUGCUAUUGGGUUGUGCCAUGGCAGUAGAGCGCUGUGUGGCCAUCACCCAGCCCUUUUUCCACGCUGCUAUGAUCACAUUGGCUCAUAUGAAGCAGGUUGUCCUACUUCUGUCCUCUCUUGCACUUGUGCUGGCAGUUCUACCUUUCUUUGCUGUAGGGACUUACACUACCCAGUCUCCUGGGACAUGGUGCUUCUUGCCUAUCCAUGAUCCACAGUCUACAGCUGACACCAAUCUGGCUCUGGCCUUCUCAUGUCUGGGCCUGACUGCACUGGCGCUUUCCCUGCUCUGCAACAUCCUGAGUGGUCUGGCAUUGCUGCAGGCCAGAAUGAAGUCCCAUGAUGUUAAUACAAAUUCAUCAGAUUGCUGUACUCGUCAUGCAUCAUCUGCAUUGUCUUCCUCCUUGUUCUGCUCAUUGGAUGUGGAGAUGAUGGCACAACUGGCAGUUAUCACUCUGGUUUCCAGUGUAUGCUGGAGCCCUUUUCUUAUCCACAUUCUUGUGAUGCAGUUCAACCAAAGCCACAGAGUCUCAGCACGUGAGAAAGAUGGGUUCAUUCUUCUGGGCUUACGUAUGGCCUCCUGGAAUCAGAUCUUGGACCCUUGGGUUUACAUCUUACUGAGGAGGGCAGUGUUUUUCAGAGUUUGCUGUGCCACAGGGACAGCAAAUGGCACAUGUGGAGAUACACGCAGGCAGGCCUUCAGUCUACAGUGA